AUGAACCUUGCACAAGCAGAAGCAUGGCUGAGGGCAGCAGCUGGCCAAAAAAGUGUUGAGGGAUCCAUCCCUGCUUUGCCUGGCCACACAGACGACAUUGUCACUGCGGUAACUGCGAAGCACGAUCAGAAAGGUGAUACAUCUUCCCCUGUCAGUUCUUUCCCUUCGUCUCCGGCGUUGUCCAUGAAGAAGGGAUCACAUGACACCACCAUGGCCUCACCUGAAGAAGAACUCAAGCACAAGUCCACAAGAGAGUACUGCCCUCUGCCAAAACAACCAGAAGUGGACCUCCCACUAAACGCCAACAUCACGUCUCCUUUGCCGAGGUCUUAG